CAACUCUAGCAAAUUUGGGCAUGUGAGCGACCGCGAAACGAGCCUCAUCCCAGCACCAUCGAUCACGACACUUCCUCCUCGCCGCCCCUCGCUCCACCUCCCGCGAGUCUUAAUCCAUCUCAGGGAAGCAGCACCCUUGCUCGCCCAUACCCUCCCGGCUUCCUCCUCCGACCGCCUUCCACCGGCCAUUCUCCAGCUUCCACCCUCCAGCCAUGGCUCCUCUCAUCCUCCACAACGUCCCCGACGACGAGUGCUACGUCGGUGACGAUGGCAUCAAGCGACCAUACGCCAUGUACUUUAACCAACAAGAUGCGCCUUCAGGGAGCGCGCGUUCGCGCCGCAGCGUCGCCGAGUCCGGUUCCUUUGGUAAAUCAAACCGCCGUUCACGCUCUCGACCUGGUACGCCCGCCCGUGGCCGAGAGAACCCAACCCUCGCUGCCGCGGAUAAGCUCUUUGGGGACUGGGUCUCCAACCAGGCCGUGCCGGCUGCCACCGUCCAGCGCAAAAGCAGCGGCAUGCUCCAGGAAGAUCCCGCGCCCCAACGCACCAUCACCUCCUCCCCUGUAGAGCUCAUCCUACGCGGCUACCGCUCCUCGACCCAACAGUACGCCGCCAUCUCACACUACGAAUCACUCGCCGGCAGUAUCCUCGAGGACUACCCUCGCGAACCCCCGGCAUCCCAGCGCCGGUACAAAUCUGAACUGCGAGAUCCGUCUUUUACGCGACGCCGAACACUGAAUGCGGAUGAGAGGGCACUAGUCAAUCGCGCGGAUGGAGGAGAGCACUGGGUCAAGGUCACGUUUGAGAGCUCAGAGGACGCUGAGGCUGCCAUGUAUGCCAGCCCCCAAAGGAUACUGGGACAUUUGGUCUACGCUGAGUCCUACCGCGGGCUCCCGCCGGCCAAGGACGAGCCCUGCCCUGAUGUCGACGCCCUGGUCAACGACCACACCCGGUCCAACAGCAUGCCCGCUGGCUUCAACGGGACCAAGCGGAAGAGCGUGACCGGCAUGCCUACGUCCUUCAACAGUCGCCUCCUCGACCUCUCCCCUUCUCACUCGCAAACCUCCAGCCUGACCAUGGACACGGGCACCAUCGCCAACUCGCACACCUCCAGCGCCACCGUCACUGAAACUAUCCCCCUUAUCCCGAAAUCCUCCACCUCGGGUAUCGAGCCUCUCGAAAUCCGUGAGGUGGACAGCGUCUUCUGCCGGCGAAUCCCCACCGCGCGCCGCGCAACUCUCCUCCCGGCCGAGCAGGCCCUGCUUCCCCAGCAGUCCGUUAUGCAGCGCUUUCUCAACGCCAUCCCCUUCGUCAAGUGGUUUGGCGGCAGCAUGAUCGGUAAUGAGGUGCCCCGUACUGAGACGGGCGAGUUUGACUGGAACCGCGCAAGCCUUUACUGGAAGCUCAUCUGGUGGCUGGAUGCCACCUUUGGGCUGUUUGGAGGUGAUGUGCUGAACAUUGACAAGGAUGACUAAACCAAAGGAGAUAUAAAAGGUGGGUUGGGGAAUAUACGACCUCGAGGGCAGUUAGACUGUACGAGAUGAGAGAUGAGCUUCAAAGAGUGGCCGCAGCAUUUAAAUCACGGCUCACGGCGUCAGGCGUGUCAAUGGAUGGUGGGGAACUUGAUCUGCUUCGACUAGAAACGGGGCAUAUAAAGAACCGUUAUAAUGUUUGUACAACAACAGAGUACC